UACAAAUGUCGCGGGCAAUCCUUCCUGAAGAACUUAUCACAGAAGUUCUAUCGAUUCUUCCCGUGAAAUCUAUUUUGCGAUUCAAAUGUGUCUGCAAACCAUGGGAAUUACUCAUCUCUGAUCCUUUCUUUGUCCAAAAACAUCUCCAUCAAUCACAAAAACAAAACAUUCAUCUCACGCUGAUCUUGUGCAGGGCUACGACGAACUAUUAUUACUAUGAUAGAGAUUGUUCUGUCGUACCCUUUCCCCUCAACCGUUUACUACGUAAUCCAUCCAUAACCAUUCCCAUCCUUCCUCAUCACAGACUCAGAUACAAACACUGUUUCCGAGUCAUUGGUUCCAUUGAUGGAUUGCUCUGUUUGUUUAAUUCUUAUAAAACUGGUAAACAUCGAAACACCUGGCUCCGUUUAUGGAAUCCAGCCACCAGAAAAAUCUCUCAAAAAGUAGGAUUAACUACUCAUUUCAAUACCCAUCCAUAUCAGGCUGGCUUUUUUCGAUUAUACUAUCUCAGAUUUGCAUUUGGUUAUGAUAAAUCAACGGACACUUAUAAAGUAGUGGCAUUCUCUCCUAGGGAGGUGAACAUUUUCAGUUUUCGUGAUAAUGUUUGGAGAAAUAUUCAAUGUUUUCCGGUUGUUCCUUACUAUCGUGUGGAUCUUGUUCGCCAUACAUUUCAGCGUGUUAAUGAAGGUGUGUAUUUGAAUGGCACUAUUAACUGGUUGGCGGUUUCAACUACAAAAUAUUUAUGGCAAGUAUAUGAAGAUGAAUAUAUUCCGGAAAUUGAUCAAUUUCUGAUUAUCUCUUUGGAUUUGGGUUCUGAGGCAUACAACCAAUUGCUUCUCCCUAAGGGUUUAGUUGAAGCUCCCCCUGUUUUGCCAACUAUUGCUGUGUUGAGGGACUAUCUUUGUUUUUCAUACCAUUUUAAAACAACUCAUUUUGUUAUAUGGAUGAUGAUGGAAUUCGGAGUCCAGGAGUCUUGGACUCAAUUUCUUAAAAUUAGUUAUGAGGAUCUUCAAAUUGAGUAUGACUUUUCUCAAUAUAGUUACCAAUAUUUUCUGCAUCCCCUAUGCCUUUCAGAGGAUGGUGAUACAAUAAUAUUAGCAGGUAGUCAAGAAGAGCAAGCAUUUCUUUAUAAUUGGAGAGACAAUAGAGUAGAAAAAACUAGAAUUACCAAUUAUAUCGAAAGCUUAGUUUCGACAGGUUGAAAGACCACACCCUCAAUUUCAAACACAUUAGGCGUUAUUCAGGCCCGUUUGCGAGAUGGUAAGAAGAAAGAUACUCGCAUAUGGCUUGGAGCAUUCGAUACAAUUGAACAAGCUGGAUGCGCUUAUGAAUCUCCUAUCAAAAACAUGUUAGGUUUAUCAGAUUGAUCUAUGAAAGGCAUGCAACUGAUGCAAGUGAAAACAUAACAAUGUAAACUAAAAAGUUGAACAAUCAAUGAUAUGAAUGAAGUCAUCAUACCAAAAACUAAAAUCUUAUAUCAAAGAAUGUUCCAUGUGUGUCAAAAGUAAUGACUUGUAUCAAUCUAUAAAA